AAAAUAACAAGAGUUUAGACAACGAGGGUACCGGAAUCCAGAUCUACGAUUUUCACGGCGAGACACAGAACAUGGAGGUCAAAGCCCCACACCUAUCACGCUACGCUGUGGCCACUUUGCUCCUGGCGGUCCUCUCAGUCAUUCCUUCUCAUGGUCUGAAGAUGCUGUGGGUACCAACCUCCAUCAGUGUCAACCCAGGUGACAAUACGGAGAUUCCAUGUAAUUAUGAGAGCCAGCCUGAAGAGAAGGUGGAGAUCACCUGGGUACUGUACCAGAACAAAGUAAACAUAUCAGAAAAUAACAUUUGGCACUAUCCAGAAAUACGCACCUUAAAAGACAACACAAAGCAUCUGCAGAUUAAGAACGUAGAGACGAAUCAGAGUGGCUUGUACAAGUGCCAGGUGACUGCAAAUAAUAGAAGCUACGAUUCCUGCGGGACCUACCUGAGAGUGAAAGAACUUCCAGUCUACCUCUUUUUUAAUGUCGCGGAAGCUACGAAGAACAGAGUGAUCACAGCAGAGGGGAUACUGUUGCUGUUUUGUGCCAUCAUACCCGGGACCUUCCUGCUGUACAAGAAACGCUUUGAAAAUCUUAAUGUUUUGUCUCUGAAGCAACCGGAAGGAGAGAAUCUGUAUGAGGGGCUGAAUUUGGAGGACUGCUCAAUGUACGAAGACAUCUCCCGUGGUCUGCAGGCCACCUAUGAGGAUGUGGGCGCCCUGCGGGCCGGUGACAUUCAGCUGGAGAAGCCUUGAAUGGCGGCACUGCCAGGACAAGCUGAAGCACAGAGAAGAAUAGAUGAAACUCUCCAUUAGAAGUGGUCCUGUGUAUAUUGUAGUCUUUCUAUAUCAGUCUUUUUACCUCACUGUGUGUAAUUGCUAUAUAAUCAUUUUUUGUACUAAAAUGCAUUAUGUCAUUCUUC